AUGCAACUAUAAAAAUCCAAAAUCAAGCCCCCUUUUUUACUUGAUGGUAUAGCAGCUGCAAAAAAAGGGAAAGUGCUCAAUUAUAAGCCUGAGAAAGAUGUUCAUCUUGAAUAAUACUUUUACAAUUUACAUAUGCAUCAAAUGAUGAAUAAAUUGAAAUAGGAUAGAUUGAGUUAGCGUAAUUUACCUCAUUCGUUAUCCAAGUCUUUUGAUUAGACUAUUGUAAUUAUUUGAUUUGUAUAUUGAGUAGAACCAAUCAAAAGGCAAUAUUAAAUCUGGAUUACAUAAAGCUUCAUCACCUUCACAUAAAUCUUUUGUUAAAGCUCCAAAUAAUACACAAAUAUCUGAAGUAUCUAGAUCACUUUCCAAAGAACAUUUUGUCACAUUUCUUGAUUCUCUUAUAACAACAGUUUAGAAUGUUUAACAGUUAGUAAUUACUUAUCUUCCAAAAGAAUAAAUUGAUGGAGCAAUUAUUAAAUAACAAAAAGAAUUAAAAAAAAUUAAUCAAGCAACAUAACUAUUAACAAGGUAAUUAAGAGCAAAUUCAUUGAAUUAAAAGAAGGAAGUAGAAAAUGUAAAAACAUAGAAGAACUUUUCUAAAUUACCAUAAAUUAAAAAAGUUGAUAUAUCUGUUAACUCAUAAACUGAAAGAGGAAGGGAUUAAUCUACAAGAUAUCGUAAAACUCCAGGAGCAACUGUUGCUAUUUUAACUUAAAAAACUUUGGAAAAAAAUAAUUAAAAAAUUCAAGAUGAAUAUGACAAUAAUGGUUUUGAACCUUAUGAAUCCAAUUAGGAAAUGUAACCUAAAUAAUAAUUAUAAUCUCCAAAUGAAUAUUCUGAAAAUAACAAUUAAUCUAUUAAAUAAUAAUAAUAAUACAAUAAAUAAGCUUAAACAGGAUAAUUACCAUCUCUUAGAACAUCUUUACAAUAAUAAACAUAAAAAAAAUACUAAAAAGAAAUUUAAUUAGUACUUACAAAACCAAAAUAAAAUAAAUAUGAAAAUGCCUCUAAUAGUACUUCUUAAUCUCCAAUUCAAUUAAAAUGUAAGAGUGUUGGUAUGAGAGAAGCACCUCCAUUUAAAAAUUAAUAAUAGAGUAUUAAAUCUGAGUUUAAGAAAAUAUCAUCAGUGAAAAUGGAGAGUAUAGAAAAACAGAAAUCAAAAUUAUAACUUAAUUCUAAAAGUAAAAUUAAUGGUAAUGGAAAGAAGGAAAACAUUCCUAUUUAGAUUAAAAUUAUAGAUGUAGAUGCUCAAACUGAAAAAACAGAAUUUAAUUCAAAAACUGCUAAAACAAAUACUUAAGUGCCUGUAGAAAUUGUUGAAGAAGUAGUCUAAAAUUUUACAAAUGAAUCUGGAUUAUUUUAAACAUAAAUAGAAACUGAAUAAAACAAAAUUGAAUAAGAUAAAACAUAACUUUAAGGAACUGCUUUUUUUUAAAUUUAAGAGGAAGAGGAACAUAAAGAAUCUAUAGAAAAACUAGAUGAAAGUAAUGAUUUCAAAAAUGAAAGUAAAAAAAUAUAAAAUGAACAGUAAAAUGAUAACAAUUUUAUUAAGAUGAUCUAGGAUUAAGUUAAAUAAAAUGAUGAAAGAUUGUUGAAAUAAUAAUAAACUGAUUAAUCUAUUAAUCUAUUAGAAAGUAUGAAUCAAAAAAACUUGAUUAAAGUUAUAGAAUCUAUUGAAGCAAAGGAUGAAGAUAAUAUAAUCAAUCCAUUAGAUGAUAGUGAGGAUUAAAAAUAAAAAGAAUAGCCAAAUUCUUUAUUUGUAACUUUAGAACCUACAGAACAAAAAAAUUAGUAAGACUCUUAUCAAAAUGAAGAGUUUGAGUAAGAUGCAUGA